UAUUCACGGUACGAGAGAGAGAGAGAGAGAGAGAGAGAGAGAGGAGCUCAGGGAAAUUCGAAACGUUUCGCUUUCUCUGUCUACAUGCAAUUUGAGCUCUGAAACCCUCGCAUUGCUGAUGGCCUCGAAGGAAAAAGGGAAGGCGAUCGCCACAAGCGGAUGGUCCGCCGCCGGCAAGCGGAAGCCCGGCGAUGAUGACAAGUCCGGCGGCGGCGGUCGGAAGCGGAGAAACCCCGGCGCUCUCCAGUUCUUCGAGCACUCCGCCGCCGAAGCUGACGGUUCGGACGACGACAGCGACUUGGACGAUUUUAUGGAAGAAGAACUUGAAACAGAACCUAUAGUCAAGAGUGAACCGGGGAAAGCCCAUAACCUUCCAUUUGUUCCCAAAGAGGAGGAUAUCGAUGGGGACGAAUUUGAAAGAAUGAUGGAAGAACGAUACAGGACUGGUUCUACAUAUGUUACCUAUGCUGAAGAUAAUUAUGAAAACAAAAGAUCGGUUGAUGGAAUUGUGCUUGAGCCUUCUGCUAAAGAUCCUGUUAUCUGGAAAGUAAAGUGUGCGGUUGGACGCGAGAGACACUCAGCUUUCUGUAUGAUGCAGAAGUUUGUUGACUUACGAUCAAUGGGUACCAAGCUGCAGAUAAUAUCUGCAUUUGCUGUUGAUCACAUCAAGGGUUUUGUUUUCAUUGAAGCUGAUAAGCUAUGUGACGUUCAGGAGGCAUGUAAAGGACUUUGUAAUAUAUUUUUAUCCCGAGUAACGCCAGUUCCCAAAAAUGAAGCUCCUCAUUUACUGGCUCCUCGGACUAGAAACAGUGAAAUUGCUGUGGGUACAUGGGCCCGUGUGAAGAGUGGGAACUACAAGGGUGACUUGGCACAGGUUGUGGCUGUGAACGAAAAGAAAAAAGCAACAGUAAAGCUGAUACCAAGAAUUGAUCUACAAGCAAUGGCUGCAAAAUUUGGUGGGGGAGUUACUAGAAAGAAACUGCCUACUCCAGCACCAAGAUUGAUCAGCACAAACGAACUUGAGGAGUUCCGCCCUCUCAUUCAGGACAGGAAGGAUAAGGAUACCGGAUUGCGUUUUCUCUGUCUUGAUGGUUUGCUCCUUAAGGAUGGAUAUUUAUACAAAAAAAUGCCAUUAGAUUCAUUAAAUUGCUGGGGUGUCAUGCCAUCAGAAGAGGAGAUACUGAAAUUCAAGCCUUCUGAGAACAAUGAAUCUGCUGAUCUGGAGUGGCUUUCGCAGCUUUAUGGUGACAAUAAGAAAAGGAAGAGCAUCGGCAGUGAUAAAGGGGAUGGCAAAGGAGAAGGUUCAGCAGGGUGUGGUGGGAAAGGAGAAGGUUCAUCAAAGGGUAACGGGAAAGGAGAAGGUCCUUCAGGUGGGAAAGAAGGUUCUUCAGGGUUUGCUGGGAAAGGAGAAGGUUCUUCAGGGUGUGGUGGGAAUCUCUAUGAGCUGUAUGAUCUUGUUUGUUUCGGCAAGAAAGAUUUUGGUCUUGUGCUAGGCAUUGAGAAAGAUGAUACUUACAAGAUUCUGAAAGAGGGUGUGGAAGGAUCUACUGUUGUGACAGUUCAGCAGAAUGAGAUAAAGAAUGUACUUUCUGAUGUAAAAUUUACAGCUUUAGAUCAGCGCCUGAAGCCCAUUUGCGUCAAUGAUACAGUUAAAGUUUUGGAAGGACCAUUGAAGGAUAGGCAAGGAAUAGUGAAGCUAGUCUACAGAGGCACAAUAUUCAUGUUUGAUGAGAAUGAGACAGAAAAUGGUGGUUAUUUCUGCUCAAAAUCUCAAAUGUGUGAGAAAAUCAAGCUUUCCAUUGACGUUAUCCCAGAAAAGGAUGGGGAUUCGGGUGCUUUCGGUUUUGAAGAUUUCACAUCAUCACCUAAAUCCCCUCUAUCGCCAAAAAAGCCUUGGCUAGGAAGGGAGAAUAACUUCAAUCAGGGCGAUACUGACGGAAUGUUCUCAAUCGGUCAAACUUUAAGAAUUCGUGUUGGUCCAUUAAAGGGAUACCUCUGUCGUGUCUUGGCCAUACGCCGUUCUGAUAUCACAGUUAAGCUUGAUUCUCAGCAAAGGGUUCUUACAGUUAAAGCUGAGCAUCUUACAGAGGUUCGUGUAAAGAGCGCUGCCAUGCUUAGUGAGGAUCCGGAGUCCAGCUCUCUUAAACCAUUUGAUUUACUUGGAACUGAAGGAGGCUCUAAAGAUUGGACAGAUGGAGCUGGGACAUCAGCCGGGGGUGAUGGGUGGAAUGUUGGAGGGUCAUCUGGUGAAAGGAAUGCUUGGCCUAGUUUCUCUGCCUCGGGCAAUUUGCUUCAGCCUGAGUCCAGCUCUGCGAAUCCUUUUGAAUCUGAUGGAAAUGGUGCUAAAAAAGAGGAUAGUUCUUGGGAGAGGAACGUGGCUCCAAAUAACAACUCAUCCUGGGGUGUUGCAGCAGCAGAAAACAAGGAUCAAGUUGCUGGCCGGGGAAAAAGCAACUCUUGGGGCACUAAAGUUGGAGAUGACAGCACUUCGUCAGAUACUUGGCAAAAAGCAUCAGAACCUGCCAGUUCAUCCUGGGGUGUUGCAGCAGCUGUAAAUAACAAGGAUCAAGGUAAUGGCUGGGGAAAAAGCGAUUCUUGGGGCGCUAAAGUUGGAGGUGACAGCAGUCUGUCAGAUACUUUGCAAAAAGCAUCAGAACCUGCCAGUUCAUCCUGGGGUGUUGCAGCAGCAGUAGAUAACAAGGAUCAAGGUACUGACUGGGGAAAAAGUGACUCUUGGGGCGCUAAAGUUGGAGGUGACAGCACUUCGUCGGAUACUUGGCAAAAAGCAUCAGCGCCUGCUAGUUCAUCCUGGGGUGUUGCGGCAGCAAUAGAUAAGAAGGAUCAAGGUAUUGGCUGGGGUGGUAAGACUGGAUGUGACGGCACUGCAUCAGAUAGUUGGAAAAAAGCAUCAGAACCUGCUAGUAAUUCGUCCUGGGGUGUUGCAGCAGCAGCAGAUAACAAGGAUCAAGGUUCCGUCUGGGGCGGUAGUGGUAGUCAAAAACCGAGUGUUGCAGAUGAUAGUGGUGACAAAGGUUCUGCUUGGAAUAAGCCAGCUGAAGGUUCUUGGAGUAAACAAACUGGAGGAUCCUCAUGGGGUAAGCAAGCCGAUUGGAGCACUAAAGAGGGAUCAAGUACUGGUGAUGCAGGGUGGAAAAGUUCAACGCCUUCAGUAGAGAAUCAGACUGGGAGCAGGGGUAAUGCAGGUGGCUGGGCAAAAGCUCAAGGCAUAUCUGGUAAUGAGAAUCAUAAAGACAGUUGGAAGAAACCAAGUGGUAUAGAUGACAAUAAAAAUGCUUCGUGGAUCAAGGAAGAUGGAGGUUCUACCUGGAAUAAACAAGAUGGAGGUUCUACUUGGAAUAAGCCUGCUGGAGGUUCUUGGAGUAAAGGUGGGGAUCAAGGGUCUGGUGGUGGCUAUGGUGGUGGUGGUAGAGGGGGUGGAGGUGGUAACUGUUUCAAGUGCGGUGAGUCUGGACAUAUGUCAAGGGAGUGCCCUCAGGGCGGCGGUGGUGGUCGAGGGGCAGGAGGUGGUAACUGUUUCAAGUGCGGUGAGUCUGGACACAUGUCUAGGGAGUGCCCUCAGGGCGGCAGUGGUGGUAGAGGGGCUGGAGGUGGGAACUGUUACAAGUGUGGUGAGUCUGGACACAUGUCUAGGGAGUGCCCUCAGGGUGGCGGCGGUGGUGGUAGAGGGAGUGGGGGUGGGGCUGGGAACUGUUUCAAAUGUGGUGAGUCUGGACACAUGUCUAGGGAGUGUCCUCAGGGCGGCGGUGGUAGAGGGGCUGGAAGUGGGAAUUGUUUCAAGUGUGGUGAGUCUGGACACAUGGCUAGGGACUGCUCUCAGGGAGGUGGUAGCUAUGGCAACUUCGGUGGUGGAGCAAAGUCCACUGAUUCAUGGAGCAAGCGUGCUUGGGGUACUGGAGAUGGUGGAAGUGGCGGUGAUGGAGCAAAACCAGCAGCAAGCUCUUGGGGUACCACAGAUGGUGGAAGUGGCUUUGGUGGUGGAGCAAAGCCCACUGAUUCAUGGAGCAAGCGUGCUUGGGGUACUGGAGAUGGUGGAAGUGGCAGCGGUGGACCAAAACCAGCAGCAAGCUCUUGGGGUACAAAUGGUGGAAGUGGCGGAGCUGGUGGUGAAGCAAAACCAGCAGCAAGCUCUUGGGGUAAGGGGGAUGGUGGAAGUGGUGGACAUAGUGAUGAAGCAAAACCAGCAGCAAGCACUUGGGGUACAGGAAGCUCUUGGGGUAAGGCAGAUGGUGGAAGUGGCAGAGCUAGUGGUGAAGCAAAACCAGCAGCAAGCACUUGGGGUACAGGAAGCUCCUGGGGUAAGGGAGAUGGUGGAAGUGGCGGAGCUGGUGGUGAAGCAAAACCAGCAGCAAGCACUUGGGGUAAGGGAGAUGGUGGAAGUGGCGGAGAUGGUGGUGAAGCAAAGCCUGCUGAUCCAUGGAGCAAGCCAUCAGCAAGUGCUUGGGGUAAGGGAGAUGGCGGAAGUGGCGGAGCUAGUGGUGAAGCAAAGCCUGCUGAUCCUUGGAGCAAGCCAUCAGCAAGUGCUUGGGGUAAGAAAGAUGGUGGAAGUGGCAGCGGAGGGUGGUGAUAACUCUUCAAAUUUUCCAAAGCAAACCAAUGAAUGGUGGUUAAGUGCCUGUAGAUAUAUUUCUUUUGCUCUAAUGCACAGAUAAUAGGGCCCUAAUCCCUGAAUCUGAUGACAGUAGUUAAUAUUUAUCUUGCUGCAUCUUUUUGAAUCCAGAUCCUGGUCUUUUUGAACUCUGAGCAUAUGCUUCCGACUCUUCUAUCAUUAGGUACAGAGUCAGAGUAGAACUCUGCAGUUGUUGAUGCUCAACUGUUUUAUCUAAUGAACUAGUAUAAUGCUCUUUUGAGUUGUGAA